ACUGUUGGAAGUGGCCGACCGACGGCACUUUCGGUAGAACGCGCUCAACGCGUCGGGAGGGACGAGCGCCAAGCGACGGCUGAAACGCGUCGCAGGGCAGUACCUGGAAACGGAGCGGGCGAGUACGGAAGGGUGGAAAAGCAUAUAAGUACGCACCUGUAGUACCAAGGCCCCAGUCGUUUGUGGCCUCACCAGCCUCUCACUCCCUUUGCGCCCAUGAGACGGGAAGGUGCCGGCUGGCUAACACCCUUGCCGCACCACGAUUUCCUAGACAAACGACUCCGACUGGCCCACGUAAGGGCGGCUACAUGGGCGCAGUGUCGAGGCGGUGCCACUCAGCUCGAGGGGGCGAAACCACUCGAUACGGUCGGCGAUGCGAGCCGGGCUGCAUUGGCAGCGGAAUCGCAGGGCGGGAGCGACCUGGCACGGGCGCUAUACAAAAGGAUGUGCGGCGCUGGUGCCCAGGCGCACACACAAUGGGGCGGCGCUGAUGCCCAGGCGCACACACAAAUGGGGCAGCGCCUGGACCGUAAAGGUGCUAUACAAGUGGCGGAGCGCUCUGCGGUCCAGGCGCUAUACAAGACGGACAGGGCACUCACCGGGAGGGCGACACAAAGGAACCGGGAGCGCGGACGUCACGCGCAGUAAGAAGAGGGACGGGGCGCCGAGGGGGCGCGAUACGAAAUACCUACGCGUUCUCGCGCGAGGGGGCGUGUUGGAAGUGGCCGACCGACGGCACUUUCGGUAGAACGCGCUCAACGCGUCGGGAGGGAC